AUGGUUUCCCGCCAGAUUCAACUGCUCAUUCAACGGUCAAGUUCUGCUGCUCAUCUACUCCAACUCCACUCUCUCGUCCUUAAAACCGGUCUCGAUCACAACCCCAACUUCGUCUCUCACUACAUAUAUACUGCCUGCUCAAUUUCGGUCGAAUUUUCCAAACUGGUCUUUGAUCAUAUACCCAUUAAGCCUCCGCUCUUUGCUUGGAAUUCAAUUAUCAGAGCCUUUACAAACAGCUCAAAUCCACUUGAAUCGCUCAACUUCUUCUUUCAUCUUCACAGAAUUGGGCUUAAACCCGACAAUUUUACGUACCCUUUUGUUUUGAAAGCAUGCGGUCGAUGUUCCAUUAUUGGAGUAGGUGGGCCUGUGCAUUCUUUGAUUCUCAAGGUGGGUUUUGAUUCGGACCGGUAUAUACGGAAUACCCUUUUGAGGAUGUAUGCUGCUUGUGGCGUAAUCGGGCUUGCAAGGCGGGUGUUUGAUGAAAUGACUGUUAGAGAUGUGGUUUCUUGGAGCUCUAUGAUUGCAGGAUAUGUAGCAUGCAAUUGUCCCUUCGAUGCCUUUAAAGUUUUUCAAGACAUGAAACUAGCGAAUGAAAACCCAAAUUCAGUCACUUUGAUAAGCUUGCUUUCUGCCUGUACCCGCCUACUUAAUUUUAGAGCAGGAGAGUCCAUUCAUUGCUACAUUGUUGUCAAUUGCAUUGGGAUAGAUGUUGCUUUGGGGACAGCUCUCCUUGAGAUGUAUUCUAAGUGUGGGCACGUUGAGAAAGCCUUCCAAGUUUUCAAUUCAAUGAGUGAGAAGAAUUUGCAGUCUUGGACAAUUAUGAUCUCUGGUCUUGCCGAUCAUGGUCAUGGAAAGGAUGCUAUCUCAUUGUUUACCCACAUGGAACAAACUGGGCUGGUACCAGACAGCAUGUCAUUUUCUGCCAUCUUGUCAGCUUGUAGCCAUUUGGGCCUCGUACAUAAAGGUCAACAAUUUUUCAAUCAGAUGGUGAGAACGUAUGGUAUUCGGCCAACAUUGGAACAUUAUGGAUGCUUAGUAGAUUUGCUUGGAAGAGCUGGUCUGAUUGAAGAAGCUUAUGAGAUUAUCAAAAAUAUGCCAAUGGAGCCUAACUCUGUUAUACUGAGGAGCUUCUUGGGUGCUUGUAGGAACCAUGGCGUGGCUAUUACUUUAGAUGAUAAACUCAGGAAACUCCUUAUAUCAGAGCCUAACCUGGGAGCUAACUAUGUACUUGCUGCUAGUGUAUCUUCUCUUUCUGGUUGUUGGAAUGAUGCUGCUGAUCUACGAGUAGCCAUGAAACAGAAUGGUUUGGUAAAGGUUCCCGGGUGCAGUUGGGUGGAGAGAGGGGAUGGACAGAAUGGCCAUGAGGAAAGAAAGGACCCUGAGGAAAGCUGGAUAAGGAUGACUGGUCAGGAAAGUGUUGGAGUCCCGACCAGAAAAUCGAGCUUUGUUGGUGCUUAUGAGAAUUUCCCUGAUUGUCAAGAGCAGAUUGAGACAUCGCAACUAAACUUUUUCCUAGAUGCCGCUGUAAAUUUCAGUUAG